CGCCGACGAGGAGGAGAACUACGCUUCCCGCAGUUCUUUGCGGCGCGGCUGGUACUAACGGUUGGGACAGAGGACAAAAAGCUCCGCCUGGCGUGUCCUUGUGCCCUGCUGGGGACUAGUAGGUUGCGAGAGCUGAUGGUGGGGAAGGAUGGAGGAGAAGGCCCUGCGCAGCAUCAAGCCUUACCUGGAUAAGCUCACCUUGGGGGUGACCCGCAUAUUAGAAGCUUCUCCAGGAGUUACCGAAGUGAUGUUUGUAGAGAAGGAACCAGCUGAGCGCCACGCCAUUGUUUCGUGGGAGCAGAAAAAUGCCUGUGUCCUGCCUGAGGAUCUGAAGAAUUUCUACCUGAUGACAGAUGGCUUCUGUAUGACUUGGAGUGUCAAGUUUGAUGAGAACCCCAUGCCCCUGGGCGCCAUGACCAUCAACAGCAUCUCCAACCUGAGCCGCCUUGGAGCACCGCCAGUCUACAACCUGCCCAGCGCACCGACUCUUGCUGACCUGGAGGAUACUGACGAGGAAGAAGGUAACGAGGACCAGCCAGAGAAGCCUCACUUGGAUUCUCGCAGCCUGAUAUUUGAACUGGACCCGUGUGGCGGGAAUGGGAAAGUCUGCCUUGUGUACAAGAACACCAAGCCGGUUGUCAGCCCGGAUUCUGAGAUCUGGUUUCUGGACCGAGCCCUCUACUGGCACUUCCUCACCAAAACCUUCACUGCCUACUACCGACUCCUGAUCACCCACCUGGGACUCCCGCAGUGGCAGUAUGCCUUCACCAGCUAUGGCAUCAGCCCCCAGGCAAAGCAAUGGUUCAACAUGUACAAACCCAUCACCCUCAACACGGAGCAGCGCUCGGAGGAGGCAGAGCCAUUCAUCAACAAGCUGGACCCCAGCAAGGUGUUCAGAAGCAAAAACAAGACACCAGUCCUCAAGAAGAAGUUGCCAGCCCAGCCACUCUCCUCCCAGAAGGGCCAAACUGGGGCAGCCCCCAGGAACCCAGUGCAGCCCGGAAGCUCUUCGAAGAGGCGAGAGCCCCAGACCUGAUGUCCCUUUUGGCCUUCCGGGCCGCAUGCUCCCACAGCCCAGUGUCUCCAGUGGUGCCAGUCCACUUCUGGGUCACAUGUGGACAGGACCAAGAUAUUUAUUAUUUUAAAGUAUUUAUUUAAGAAGC